UCCGGCAAAGUGUAUUUAUUUCGUUGGAUGCGUCUUAUUUUUGGUCGAUCCGAGACACAUUAUUAAUUUCUUAUACGACAGAAAGGAAAAUAAUUCAACACAAAUGGCGAAUAAAUUGUCGUUCAAAUUGUAGGUUUAUUUUUGAUAGAAUAGCAGUGUCCAGUUCACUGAGCGUUUGACAACAAUCGUCGUGUGAUCCUGGGAUCCCAUGGUUGAUGAUGGAGGAGACAGGUCCUCGUAUAGCAGACUACUUUGUGGUAGCGGGGCUCACUGACUCCUCCAAGCCCUUAGAGGAGGAGCUGCAGCUGGAUGAUGUUCCUGGUCGCUUCCCCCGCUCGGCCCCUGGUGGUCGGCCCCUGGCCCCCAUCACAGACGUAGCUGUGGUCAUACGCUCCCUGGGGGAAGAGGUUCCUCAGGGGUACACCUGCCUGGAGUCUACCCCUUCUGGUCUGUCUGCAGAGCUGAACGGAGCCAGUCUCAGAGGGCCUCAGAUCUACCUCUGCUACAAGAGAGGGCGGGAUAAACCUCCUCUCACUGAUCUGGGGGUUCUGUAUGAGUGGAAGGAGAAGCUGAAGCCUGGCUGUCACAUCGUCCAGACCACGCCCUCUGGUCGCCCUGCCAACAUCAGUAGCUCCUCCUCCCAGCGCAUCUACAUCACCUAUCGCCGCGCCCCGCAGAGCCAGCCUCACACGUCAUUGGCUGUCACAGAUGUCUGCAUCAUCAUCCCGGGCAAAGGGGAGACGCCCCCUCACACCUUCUGCAAGGUGGACAAGAACCUCAACAGCAGUAUGUGGGGAUCCUCAGUGUACCUGUGUUACAAGAAGUCACUGGCUAAAACCAACACAAUCGCAUACAACGCAGGUCUGUUGUGUAGGUACCCAGAGGAGGAUGAUGAGUCUUUCCCGCUGCCGGAGUCUGUUCCUCUGUUCUGUCUGCCCAUGGGAGCUAGCAUCGAGUUCUGGCCAGCUCACAGCAAACACUCCCUGCCCGUCUUCUCUACCUUUGUACUGACUGGGGCCUCUGGGGACAAGGUGUAUGGAGCAGCCAUUCAGUUCUAUGAGCCGUACCCAGAGGACCACCUGAGUGACAGACAGCGUUCUCUCCUGGGGCUACCGGGCACGUGCAAUAGCAGCAAAGGGACAAAGAGCGUUCAUGCUAACAAGAGUAUCUGUUUGCUGUCACACUGGCCCUUCUUUGACUCAUUCAGGAACUUCCUGACGUUCCUCUACAGAUACUCCAUCUCUGGACCACACGCUCUGCCUAUAGAGAAACACAUCUCCCACUUCAUGCACAAAGUCCCGUUCCCCUCCUCACAGAGACCACGCAUCCUACUACAGCUGUCUCCACAUGAUAGUCUGAUGCUGAGCCAGCCUGUCUCCUCCCCUCUGCCUCUCAGUGGUGGUCGUCUUUCCACUCUGCUCCUAAAUCUGGGUCCUAAGAAUGCGACCACUCUGCUGGUGCUGGCUGUAACAGAACACAAGAUCCUGGUCCACUCUCUCAGACCGGCCGUACUGACCAGUGUUACGGAGGCCCUGGUGUCGAUGAUCUUCCCCUUCCAUUGGCCGUGCCCGUACAUCCCUCUGUGUCCUCUGGCCUUGGCAGACGUCCUCUCUGCCCCCUGCCCCUUCAUCGUGGGCGUCGACUCGCGUUACUUUGAUCUCUACGUGCCCCCGCCCGAUGUCUGCUGCGUCGACCUGGACACCAACAACAUAUUACAUAAGGAGGAGAAGAGGGCCCUAACAUGGAAGAUACUACCACAGAAAGCCUGCAAACAUCUCCUCAAUACCCUGGGUAGUCUGUACCAGCAGCUAACUGAAGGUGGCCAAGUCAGCGGUGAGGACGCUCAGAUGGAGCCCACAGCGAGUGACCCGGCGAGCGGAGGGAAGAGCCUCCAAACUCUGGAGAUGGAGAUCCAGGAAGCCUUCCUUAGGUUCAUGGCGGCCAUACUGAAAGGGUACCGCUCUUACCUCCUCCCCAUCACACAAGCCCCCUCCGAAAGGACCACGGACGCAAGCUCGCUGUUCGACUUGCAAGGGUUCUUGAAGAGCCGGGAUCGUUCCCACCAGAAGUUCUACUCCCAGAUGAUCAAGACCCAGAUGUUUAUCCGGUUCAUCGAGGAGUGUUCCUUCGUCAGCGAUAAAGACGCCAGUCUGGCCUUCUUCGACGAGUGUGUUGAUAAGCUUUACAGCAAUGGAAGCAAGAUCCACAUGGACAGUGAUGGAGUAGAAGACACCAGGUUGAUAGAGCUGGACGAGUCCCAUCGCAGUGAACACACUGUCUACAUCAACCCUCCUGAACUAAGACCGUUGGCACAGGGAGAGGAGCAUCCACUCUGCUAUAGCUACUCUGGGUUUCCGGUGCUGAGUCGUGAUUUGUUGGAGCUCCAGGAUGGGCUCCACCCCCCCUCAGCUAGCCUGACACAGAGACACACCAGUCCAGCCAGCCCUGCUGCCAUCUUUAGACGCUCCAAACAGGAGAUCCGCUCAGCCCAGCGGAUGGCUAGAACCUACUCCUCCGUACCCCAGAUGUGGUCCAAGUGUCUGCUGCGCCACUGCUACGGCCUGUGGUUCAUCUGCCUGCCAGCCUACGCCAGCGCAUGCCACUCCAAGGUGCGGGCGCUGCGCAUGGCCUACGACAUCCUCAGGAAGAUGCAGGACAAAAAUCUGCAGGCACCUGACGAGGUGUGUUACCGGGUGCUAAUGCAGCUAUGUGGUCAGUACGGCCAGCCGGUCCUGGCGGUCAGAGUUCUGUUUGAGAUGAAGAAGGCUGGAGUUCAUCCCAACGCCAUCACCUACGGAUACUACAAUAAGGCGGUGUUGGAGAGCACGUGGCCAUCCAAUACUAGAGGAGGCUACUUCCUGUGGGCCAAGCUGAGGAACGUGGUCCUGGGGGUGGGACAGUUCAAACAGCUGGGACUGAAACAGACGAUCCAGAAUCACAACCAGGGCCAGAACCAAACCCAGAGCAGAGACACACAGCUAUCAGACUACAGUGAUCUGGACACAGUCAGCCAUGAUAGUGAAGACAGUACUAACGACUCAGUUGAACGGGUCUCAAUCGAUACAGACUUCACUAAGAUGGACUCCAGCGAUGAUGGAUCCAGCACAGGUGGCCAGUCAGACCAAGGCUAUGACUCUCUGUCCAAGGAGGAGGAGAAGAUGAUGGUGGGAAGUGAUAGAACACCGGUGGAGAAGGAGAAGGGAGAGAGGGAGUCUUGUCCUAUGAGUCAGGACCCCGGUGGUACCAGACCAAAGAACCGGAGGCUGAGGCCCAACUCCCUGGACCUGACCGGAGGACAGGGGACUCUCAGGACCGUCACACUCAACUUCACCUCCACCACCAAGCAGGUCCGUGGCCCGGCUCCAAAACGCCCCCCUCCUCCGAACUGCAGACCAGGGAAGGCUGAGGCCAGUCAUGCUGCUCCUACCCAGGACCUGGAGAGAUUGGGAGAAGGCAGUAAGGACAGACAGACGCCUGCCAUGGAGGUGGAAACGAGGAGUGGUGGAGACGGGGCCGGGGCUGCAGAUUGCAGUGUUAGUGGAGACGGGGCCGGGGCUGCAGAUUGCAGUGUAAGAAACAGUAGUGGUGCCGUGAAGAGGACAGGUAUCGUUGAGACUGGCUUUGACCCUCUGUCCCUGAUAGCAGCUGAGAUGGAGACAGAGGUUGACGGGGACAGUAGCAGUGCCUCCACAGCCCGUCGGGAUCUAGCAGCUGAGAUAGAGAUGUACAUGAAGGCCACAAGCCCUCUGAGCAGCAGGACCACCAGCAUGGACCUUCAGAACCCAUCCAGCCCCCUAGUCCACGCCUCCUCCACCCCGUCUCAACACUCCUCCCGCCGGCCUCGGCCCCUCAGCCUGACCCACUCCCCCUGCACCGACCCCCGACCCCCUCCUCCCCUGCUUCGUGCCAACUCACACCUCCCCUUCUCCAGGCCCAAAGAACGUCUCCGUCCUUCCUCCCUGGUCUCCCCCUCCUCCCCUACUCCCUCCUCACCCUUCUCCAGGCCCAAAGAACGUCUCCGUCCUUCCUCCCUGGUCUCCCCCUCCUCCCCUACUCCCUCCUCACCCUUCUCCAGGCCCAAAGAACGUCUCCGUCCUUCCUCCCUGGUCUCCCCCUCCUCACCCUUCUCCAUGGACUCCCUCCUCACCCCGUCUCUUAGUCUGGACAUGGUUAAGAGCAGCUUCCUGUCAGCAGGGAAGGGGGUGGCUGAGAAGGCCAGCAGGCUCUACUCCCGCCUGUCGUCACAGACAUCUCUCUCACAGGAUGUGAACUGUGACCAGAUCAGCGUGUCAUCAAUGACCUCAGUGGACCCAGAAUGCACCUCUCUGUUGGAGGAGUGCUCUGUCCUUGACCCUGAAGGUUUCACCUCCUACGCCUCUCCCCAGCACGGCAGCAUCACGGGCCUGAGGAGGAGCCCAGCCCAGGGACGCCUCGCCUCUCAGAGCCCCACCUCGCCCUGCAAGGUGUUCCGCCACAACUCCUUCUCUAGUGGUUUGGCUCCUCCUUCUAGAGCUCCCGAGACUCCAGACUCUUCUCCUGAUGCCUCACGCUUCCACCUCCGUCACCACUACACUACUGAGGUGUUGAUGUCCAGCUGCUGUCGCUGUAAGACGUGUGACUGUCUGGUGUACGAUGAGGAGAUCAUGGCGGGAUGGACGGCUGAUGACUCUAACCUCAACACCACCUGUCCCUUCUGUGGGAACCUCUUCCUGCCCUUCCUCAAUGUAGAGAUCAGGGACCUGAGACACAGGACCAGUGACGAGAGUCGCCCACCUGUAGGAGAGGACACGGCUGUUUCAGUCAACCCUGAGACAGUCUCUGCAGCUGGCGCCCUGACACCCCAGUCAACCACAACUCCAGCAGAGGAGCAACAGGACUCUGAGGAUGUAGCUGGGUGUCCACAGGACCCUGUCCCAGGCCCAGCCCCAUCUCCGACCUCAGCCCCAUCUCCGACCUCAGCCCCAUCUCCGACCUCCGCCCCAUCUCCGACCUCCGCCCCAUCUCCAACCUCAGCCCCAUCUCCGACCUCAGCCCCAUCUCCGACCUCAGCCCCAUCUCCGACCUCAGCCCCAUCUCCGACCUCAGCCCCAUCUCCGACCUCAGCCCCAUCUCCGACCUCAGCCCCAUCUCCAACCUCAGCCCCAUCUCCGACCUCAGCCCCAUCUCCGACCUCAGCCCCAUCUCCGACCUCAGCCCCAUCUCCGACCUCAGCCCCAUCUCCGACCUCAGCCCCAUCUCCGACCUCUCCCCCAUCCCCUGCCUCAACUACAACUUGUAGUUCCCCAGUGAGUAGUUGUCCAGCCCCAGUGACGGUCCCCUACCUGAGUCCCUUGGUUCUGUGGAAGGAGCUAGAGUCUCUGUUGUGUAACGAGGGGGACCAGGUGAUCAGUUCUCCCAGCAUCGUGGACCAGCACCCCAUCGUGUUCUGGAACCUGGUGUGGUACUACCGUAGAUUGGAUCUCCCCUCUCACCUGCCCGGUCUCAUCCUGACCUCUCAGCACUGCAGUCAGGGACAUCUACUGCAGGUCCCAGCCCAGAGUGUGUCUUCAGAGGACAGUAAACAUGUCCUGGUCCGGAUCCUGUGGGAUAACCUGGACCUGCACCAGGACCCGGUCCAACCCCUAUACAUGCUCUGGCACACACACUGCUCUAACCCCUCAGCCAGUGGAACAGUGUAUGAGGAGGACAAGCCCCAGGACCAUCUCUUCUCUGCUGAGGUCCUACAGGGUAUAGUGAAGAACCUCCAGAAGAGUGAUGUCUACCAGCCUAUAAGUCAGAUCCUACAGCUGCUAGGUCCAGAGCUGGGCUUCAGCAGACAGAGGAGUCUGUACAGAGAUCUCCUCUUCCUGGCGCUGACCGCUCUGGGCAAGAGCAACAUCAAUAUCGAUGCAUUUGAUCGUGAGUACAAGAUUGCGUACGACCGCCUCAGCCCCAGCCAGGUUAAGCUGACACACAACUGUGACCGGCCCCCAGGAGCAGGGGUCAUGGAAUGUAGGAGGAUGUUCGGGAAACCCAGUCUUUGAUCUCCCCACCUCACGUUCUCUCCUCUCCAUCCGGAAGACUUCACAGCCUAGUCUGUGAUCUCCCCACCUCACGUUCUCUCCUCUCCAUCCGGAAGACUUCACAGCCUAGUCUUUGAUCUCCCCACCUCACGUUCUCUCCUCUCCAUCCGGAAGACUUCACAGCCUAGUCUGUGAUCUCCCCACCUCACGUUCUCUCCUCUCCAUCCGGAAGACUUCACAGCCUAGUCUGUGAUCUCCCCACCUCACGUUCUCUCCUCUCCAUCCGGAAGACUUCACAGCCUAGUCUGUGAUCUCCCCACCUCACGUUCUCUCCUCUCCAUCCGGAAGACUUCACAGCCCAGUUUGUGAAGUACCCCCUACUCACCUCACCUCCUCUGGAGGACCUUUGGGCAGCCUAGUCUGUGAAGUACCCCCUACUCACCUCCCCUCCUCUGGAGGACCUUUGGGCAGCCUAGUCUGUGAUCUCCCCACCUCCCCCUGGCUGCUACCCAACGUUCUCUCCUCUCCAUCCAUCCCAUCCCUCCCAAAACAUGACUGCUGCUUACCUACCACCAGCCCCUCUCUCUGGCCCUUCUCUCUGGCCCCUCUCUGUUGGGGUGAAAUCCUCAGGGCCAGCCCACCUGAUACCCCAGGCAUGGGGAGGAAAGUCCCCUCUCUGUUGGGGUGAAAUCCUCAGGGCCAGCCCACCUGAUACCCCAGGCAUGGGGAGGAAAGGCCCCUCUCUGUUGGGGUGAAAUCCUCAGGGCCAGCCCACCUGAUACCCCAGGCAUGGGGAGGAAAGGCCCCUCUCUGUUGGGGUGAAAUCCUCAGGGCCAGCCCACCUGAUACCCCAGGCAUGGGGAGGAAAGGCCCCUCUCUGUUGGGGUGAAAUCCUCAGGGCCAGCCCACCUGAUACCCCAGGC